AUGGGAACCCUUGAAGGACACCUGCUGCCAGGAGUAGGCUUCCUCAUGUAUGCGUUCUAUUAUUCGUCACUAACAUCCUUGGCCCUGCUCCAGAAACAGACGGUGCUCAACCACCUCUUGCUCCCACGGAAGCUGCUGGGACACAGGCUGAUUUGGCAGGUAUCCUAUGAAGCCGUGAUGAAGGUGAUUGUCCCCGCUUUUGGCAUUAUCGGUGAAUACUUCUACCCUCUAGGGGUCAACCGUCUGAAGAUGAUAGACUGGAAGGAUCCUCGGAGGCUGUUCAUUUUCAAGGACAACUGGCAGCAUGUAACCAUGUUUGGGUUCUUUAUUCUCAGUGGCGUCGUGGAUAUUGUGAGCCAGGCACAGCAGGCACGCUGGAGUCUGAAACUGGAGCGCGCCGCCGAAGCCCUGGCUUUCUACGUGCUGGGGUUGCUAAUGAUAACCCACAUCGAGAACAAAAAUGCCUUGGAGAUCCGAGUGCAUCUUCUGUUAGUGUUGCCUGCCUUCUUGCUUGCUCUGGUGCUCACUGUGGAGAUUUGGGUCCCUGACAAUGCCCCACUCUGGGUCCUCAAGAGCUGGAUGGGGCUGGUGUUGAGUACCUGGAUGAUGCAGAUCUGCGAGAUGUAUAUACCUCUCACUGGACAGCCCUGGAGGGCAGACAACCCUAUGGACCUGGCAUUUGUAACCAUUUUCUUCUGCUGGCACCUGGCCUUAGGGGUUGCCUUGCUGAUUGCCAUCUAUGGCCUCUGCAGUCUCUGGCAUCGUCACGCUUCUUCUUGGACAAAGACCCUCGGGACUAAGUACCAGCGGUGCCCUACGGAAUCCGGUGGUGAAGAACUGGAAAAGCUCAGUGCUGAAGCUGUGCCACAGGACGGAAGCUGUCUGGCGUGUGCAUGCACAGCCUCGAGUCCAUAG